AGCUGCAACUGGGGAGCAGACUGGAGCCUCACUGUGGAAGGGACAGUGGCGACCAAAGCCUUCUCCGCCAUCCAUCCACCUCAGUCCUCAGUGCUGGCCAGGUAGGAGGACAGCAGUAAAACUGGACCAUUUUAAUUGAGUCAGUGUAACUUAAGUGGACGAGAGGAAAAGAUGUAGAAGAAGAGGGAGGGGUUGCUCUCUUGUUUGGCGGGAGGACCACUCAGUCGCCCCUCCAGGAGAGUGAAUGAGCUCAGUCACAGAGUGAACAUCCUCAGACCGUAAGGCCUCUUCCACGCAAACUGACGGACAAAAAGACAAGAAAACCCACUCUCGGUUUCCUCAAAAUGACACUGCGUGAGUUGCGCAGUCGUCAGUUUUGGCGAGCCAUGCUUGCGGAGCUGCUGGGCUCCCUGGUGUUUGUGAGUGCCGUGUUGGGCUCCUCGGUGCCCGGCUCUGGAGAGGCCCCACCAGGCCCCCUCUACCCAGCCCUGGCUGCUGGCAUGGUGGCUGUUGCCUUGGGUCACUGCUUUGGAGAGAUCAGUGGGGCGCAGGUAAAUCCUGCGGUGACCUUGUCCCUGCUGGCUACACGGAAGCUAGACCUGCUCAGGGCACUGGUCUACGUCGGGGCCCAAUGUCUGGGGGCCUCGCUAGGGGCUGGAGCCCUCUACCUCGCCCUGCCACUAAAAUCCACUGCAGAAUGCUUUGUCAGCAAGGUACCUAUGGAGUUGAACGCUGCCCAGGCUCUGGGGAUGGAGGUCCUGUCGACGUUCCAGCUAGUCUUCACAGUGUUCUCUGUGGAGGAUCAGAGGAGGCGGGAGAACGUGGAGCCAGGGAACCUGGCCAUUGGGUUCUCUGUCAGUGCUGGGGUCCUCAUGGCGGGUCGGUUCUCCGGUGGCAGUAUGAACCCAGCCCGCUCCCUAGGCCCAGCCAUCAUCACAGGCUUCUGGGAGAACCACUGGGUGUACUGGAUCGGGCCAGUGCUUGGGGCAGUUCUGGCUGCGUGGUCCCAUGAGUUCUUCUUUGCGCCCGGUGCAUCACGCCAGAAGCUGGUGGCAUGUCUGACCUGUAAGGACAUCGAGAUGGUGGAGACGGCCAGCGUGUCUCGCUCCUCCCUGUCCACCGUCACACAGACCGCCAUGAGAGCCAAGCAGACCAACAAGCAGGAGCACAACUGAGCACACUCACACACACACACCCACACACACUCUCUCACACACAC